UUUUCUUUGCAUACAAGCAGCUUAUUUCCAAGAUCAAAAUCUUGCAUUCGUUUUCGGUUUUCAUGAUCAAACAGGAUUCCACGAAAUAUUUGUUUUGAUCAACUUGAGUUAAUCUCGUUAAGAAUCUUUUGAUGUUCUCCUGUUGGCAUAAUUAAGCCAGUUUUUUUGUUAAACUUUGCGACAUCAUGGGUGGAUGUGCUUCUAGGCCGUACAAGAAAUCAAGAUCACGAAAAUAUAUCUUUUGUUCGGGGAAAUGGCAUAGAAGAGUUUCCUCUUCUGCGCCUGUUAGGCCGGUGGCACAACAUAGAGAUAGUGAUGCAUCCAUCUAUCAAGAAGAGACAUGGUUCGACUCUAUGAGUGUCUUAGGAUCCGACUCUGAUGACGACUAUAUCAGUGUAUAUGGAGGAAAUGCAAAUGAUCCGUGUGCUGAUAACCUUAUGAUUCAUUAUGAAAACGCACCUUGUUUCUUGGAUAACAAAUCUGAUGUAACCGAAAAUGAGAAGUUUUGCAUCAGAAAAGGAUAUAAAGAUUCAAAGGGGUCUUCGGUUUUUGAUACCAAUAUUCUAGAAAGUGACCUUUCUUGCCUAAAAACAGUUAUAGUCGUUUCUAUGAACCAGAAACCUUCAAAUGGAGAUGAAAAGUCCGAAACUUGUCAGUCAAAAAGAUUAUUGUUUCGCCCCCGAGCAGGACUUAUAAUUCCUAGAUCAAUCAAUGAUAAACUGACUCCAGGAUGUUGGUCGCAUGUUUCACCUUCAGUUUUUAAGCUCAGGGGUGAAAAUUUCUUCAGAGAUAAGCAAAAGGAACCGGCUGCAGAUUAUAACCCGUAUGUUCCUAUUGGUAUAGAUUUGUUCGUGUGCCCCAGAAAGAUCGAUCAUAUUGCUCAGCACGUUGAGCUUCCAUGUGUUGAUAUGAAUAAGAAAGUACCUUCUUUAUUGAUUGUUAACAUUCAGCUCCCAACGUAUCCUGCUACAUUAUUUCUUGGUGACACGGAUGGUGAAGGGAUCAGUCUAGUUUUAUAUUUCAAGUUGUCUGAAACUUUCGAUAAAGAGGUAUCUCCACAUUUCCAAGAAAGCAUUCAGAAACUAGUCAUGGAUGAGAUGGAAGUAGUGAAGAGUUUCGCAAAAGAAACUUUGGUCCCUUAUCGAGAAAGACUCAAAUUAUUGGCCGGUGUGGUUAACCCUGAGGAUCUUCAGUUGUGUUCCGCCGAAAAAAGGCUUCUAAAUGCUUAUAACGACAAGCCAGUGCUUACACGCCCUCAGCAUGCUUUCUAUCGGGGAAAUAACUAUUUUGAGAUAGACCUUGAUAUACAUCGAUUCAGCUACAUUUCACGAAAAGCACUUGAUGCUUUUCGCGAACGAUUGAAAAAUGGGAUACUCGAUGUUGGUUUGACGAUUCAGGCACAACAUCAUGAAGAACUACCCGAGCAUGUUUUAUGUUGUAUUAGACUUAACAAGAUUGACUUUUCUGAUCAUGGUCUACUACCUAGAAUCUUAAUCCCAAGCAUUGAUUAAUUUGCAAGAUUAUUUUUCUUU